AUGACUCAGGACUCUGCCUCUCCCAAUCCCAUUGGGGAGCCCUCCAGCACCAUGACUGACCGGCCUCCGCACGCGGACGACCAAACGCGCAACCAGAUGGCUGACGCCGCGAUCAAGGAUGCCGCUGCGCCCAAGGUGAAGAGCGAGAAGGAGUUGGAGCGCGAACGCAAGAAGGCCGAGAAGGCGAAGAAGUUCGCAGAGAAGCAGGCCAAGGCCGCAGCCACCAAGCCGGCAGCGCCCAAAGCCGACAAGAAGGCGCCCAAGGUGGAGAAGGAGAAGACAACGGACGCGUAUGACCCCAAGGUCAUUGAGGAUUCUCGGUACCAGUGGUGGGAAGAGCGCGAUCUCUUCAAGCCCGAGUUUGGACCCGACGGCAAGGUCAAGCCCCAGGGCUCGUUCGUCAUUCCGAUCCCGCCUCCCAAUGUCACCGGUUCUCUGCACAUGGGCCAUGCCCUGACGAACGCCCUGCAAGAUACCAUGAUUCGUUGGCAACGAAUGAAGGGCAAGACUACCCUGUGGCUGCCUGGGAUGGACCACGCCGGUAUCUCGACGCAGAGCGUUGUCGAGAAGAUGCUGUGGAAGAAGGAGAAGAAGACUCGUCACGAUCUGGGUCGCGAGGCUAUGACCAACUUGAUUUGGAACUGGAAGGAUGAGUACCACAGCAACAUCAAGAACGCUCUGCAGAGAGUCGGUGGUUCGUUCGACUGGUCUCGUGAGGCUUUCACCAUGGACCCUAACCUGUCGGCUGCUGUCACGGAGACCUUCGUGCGUCUCCAUGAGGAGGGUAUCAUCUACCGUGCUAACCGCCUGGUCAACUGGUGUGUGGCCCUGAACACUUCAUUGUCCAACUUGGAAGUCGAAAACAAAGAGAUCGAGGGCCGCACGCUUCUCGAUGUGCCAGGCUAUGAGCGCAAGGUCGAGUUCGGUGUUCUGACGCACUUUUGCUAUGAGAUGGAUGGCACCAAGGAGCGCCUUGAGGUCGCUACCACCCGUCCGGAGACCAUGGUUGGCGACACUGGUAUCGCCGUGCACCCCAACGACAAACGUUACCAGCACCUGAUCGGCAAAUCCGCCCGCCAUCCGUUCUUGGACCGGCUGCUUCCCAUUGUGCCCGAUGAGGGCGUUGAUCCUGAAUUCGGUACCGGUGCUGUGAAGAUCACUCCUGCCCAUGACUUCAACGAUUUCAACCGUGGAAAGGAUCACAACCUUGAGUUCAUCUCUGUCAUGAAUGACGAUGGCACCUUCAACAAAAAUGCUGGUCCGUUCGCUGGCAUGAAGCGAUUCGAUGCUCGUUACGCGGUCAUCAACGCCCUGAAGGAGAAGGGUCUGUAUGUGAAGUGGGAGAACAACCCCAUGAAGGUCCCGCGCUGCGCUAAGUCCAACGAUGUGAUCGAGCCCGUUCUGAAGCCGCAGUGGUGGAUGAAGAUGGAGAGCCUUGCUGGGCCUGCCAUCAAGGCUGUCGAGGAUGGCGAGAUCAUCAUUCGCCCGGAGAGCGCCGAGAAGAGCUACUUCCGCUGGAUGCGCAACCUGAACGACUGGUGUCUGUCCCGUCAACUCUGGUGGGGCCACCAGGCUCCCGCUUACUUCGUGAAGAUCGAAGGCGAGGAGGGCGAUGACAGCGAUGGGAACCUCUGGGUCACUGGCCGCACUGAGGAGGAUGCCCGAAAGAAGGCUGAGGCCAAGUUCCCUGGCAAGAAGUUUUCGCUCGUGAGAGACCCGGAUGUACUUGACACCUGGUUCUCUUCUGGCCUGUGGCCCUUCUCCACUCUGGGAUGGCCUCGCCAGACCCACGACUUCGAGAAUCUCUACCCGACCUCUGUGCUGGAGACCGGCUGGGAUAUUCUGUUCUUCUGGGUUGCCCGUAUGAUCAUGCUGGGCAUCAAAAUGACCGGCAAGAUUCCCUUCAAGGAGGUCUACUGCCACUCCCUGAUCCGAGACUCCGAGGGCCGAAAGAUGUCCAAGUCUUUGGGCAAUGUCGUUGACCCUCUGGACGUUAUGGAGGGUAUUCAGCUGCAGGAUCUCCACGCUAAGCUGCUCCUUGGUAACUUGGCGGAUAAGGAGGUUGCCACUGCCACCAAGUAUCAGAAGAAGGCCUUCCCCAAGGGUAUUCCCGAGUGUGGUGCUGAUGCGCUUCGCUUCGCCCUCGUUUCUUACACUACUGGCGGUGGCGAUAUUGCCUUUGAUAUCCAGGUUAUCCACGGAUACCGCCGUUUCUGCAACAAAAUCUACCAAGCUACCAAGUUCGUCCUUGGCAAGCUGGGCGAGGACUUCAAGCCCCAGGCUACCCCUAGCAAGACCGGCCACGAGUCCCUCUCGGAGCGGUGGAUCCUGCACAAGCUCAAUGCCGCUGCGAAGGAGAUGAACGAGGCUCUCGAGGCGCGCGAGUUCUCCAUCGCAGCCUCAACCUCUUACCAGUACUGGUACGGCCAGCUGUGCGACGUGUUUAUCGAGAACUCCAAGUACCUACUCGCCGCCGAUGCCUCCGCCGAGACCCAGGAGUCCGCCAAGCAGACCCUGUACACCGCACUGGAGGGCGCCCUGACCCUGAUCCACCCCAUCAUGCCCUUCGUCACCGAGCACCUGUGGCAGCGUCUUCCCCGCCGACCCGAUGACAAGACGAUCUCGAUCAUGAAGGCGGCGUUCCCUGAGUUCCGGGCUGAAUUCCAUGACCCCGCCGCUGAGAGAGCCUACGAGCUUAUCCUGAACACCUCCAAGGCCAUUCGCUCCAUCCUGUCGCAGUACGAUGUCAAGACAAAGGGUGACGUGAUCAUCCAAACCUACGACGCAACCAGCCACGCCACCGUCUCCGAGGAGGUGAACAGCAUCAAAUCCCUGGGCGGCAAGACCCUCGGCGAGGUGUCCAUUCUUGGACCGGAGAACAAGACCCCUCCCCCUGGGUGCGUCGUGUCCGCCGUUGGCGCCGAGGCCGCCGUGUACCUCCGCGUUUCCAAGGAAGUUGCCCUUGAGCAGGAAGAGAAGGCCAAGGAGAACCUGGCCCGGGCACGCGAGACUGUGAGCAAGAGCCAGGGCAUCAUGGCCACCCCUGGUUGGAAGGACAAGGUGAAGCCCGAGGUGCAGGAGCAGGAGGAGAAGCGCCUGCGUGAUGCGGAGAGCGAGGCUGCGCGCUUUGAGGAGCAGAUUAAGGAGUUUGAGAAGCUGCGCUUGGAUUAA